UUUACCAGUCAAAAUGGUUUGCAUACACAUGGUUUGGCUUUCUUUGUGAUAAGGACAUGCCAAAUGACCAACUCGAUACAAUGGAUAAUGCUAAUACGCAAAGGGAUCCUGAGGAAACUCGAGAAGAAUCAAACAAUGAUGAAUCUAUUGUCGAUGAACCCACAACGGUCGAAGAUGAACCACCGGAGUCUACUAAUACAACGAUGGCGUCUACAACUGCUACGGCGGUGUCUACGAGUACAGCGACGGUGCCUACUUCUAACAUGUACCAAGGUAGGAAAAGACAACGUCGCAAUGAUGCUGCUGAUACUGCACAAAAUCAAAUGCUAAUUGAUGCAUACUCCAUUUUGAAAAAGACAUCGGCUACUCCUACUGACCACUAUGAAACGUUUGGAAUGCAUGUUGCAAGUGAACUCAGGAAAUAUGACAGCAACACUCUUCCUCAUGUGAAGAGGGCAAUAUUAGAUGUGUUGUUCAGAGCAGAUAUCGGAGAAUUUACCCCCAAUCACAACGUCCGUAACACUUCUGGGUACUACAAUUCAAAUUUCACUACACCGACUUCGUCUCGAGAUAGUUACCCUCCAACUCCUACUCCUUCAAAUUCCCAAUGUAUACUUGUUCAGGACCUUGAUUCAAGGCCUCCACAACAAGAAGACACCUUAGUAACCUACUUGACUAACAUAAAUCCUGAAAUUUUAAAUCCUGAAGAAAUGUAA